AUGACGUUGGAUCCCUUGCCGGCCCCGCUGAUGGUCCCGUUACCGCUGCCGUCCUUGCCGCUCGCCCCCCGCAGCAAACCCAAGGGAGCGCUUAGCAGAAGUUCUCCUUCCAUCUCAAAGAGCGUGUCUUUUUCAGAGACACGGCUGCUGAAGCAAAGACACAUUGAAAUGCUUGCUGCGGUUGCGAUCCAGUCAUGGUCACAAAGUCUGGAUCUGCGGCCGCUCAAGCGCAACGAUUUUCUGGACCAGUGUCUUCUCAGUGGCCUUCUGGAAGUUGGACGGCCGGAGUCGGGUCAGCUGGGUUCCGAAGGGCCUGUUUUCGACCCAGUGGCGUUAUCGCAGGAGGACGAGGUGUUCGAGAAGGGCCUCUUUGACAUGUCGAUCAACAUAGGACGCCUGGGGCUGCUGGCAGCGGCCAUUGGCGCUGAAGCAGAGCUCGAAGAUGAUGUCAACGAGGAGGAGCUCCUCAUGAGCCUGUGGUACUUGAAGAAGCGGCGCGGCUACCAUAGCUUUCCCACACGUGUGAAGGACUUGCCAUGGAUUGGCUGGACGCAAGUGGAAAUGCUCAUGCUGUUCCGAUUGAUGGUCACAUGGACUUGCACUCAGGCAGAGCAGUCUGUUUGUCAUUGCUCCGAUCGCAGCAUGAUGGCUCACGAAGGACACAUUGGCAGGCAAGCACUGAAGAGAAUCAAGUACACUGGCCACUUGCUCGUUGCUGCUUGCAUCAGCCUCAUCAAACAUGAAGCCGGUUCGGAAAGAGCAUUGGCAGCCAGCAAGAGGUGCGUGCUUGCAACGGAGUUGGGCGUUGGGCAUGCAGACCUUCACUACGUUGAGUACAAGCUUCUGAAGAAGAAGUGCGGCUCUCAGGUUCACAGCAAGCAGCAACAGAGGAUCAAGGAUGUUGUCGGGCGCCUCCAGGCCAGCGAACUGGCGGAGGCUUUGACCGCCAACACAGUCUUCGAGGAAGAGCUAGCGGCGGAAAUCGGCCGCGUCAACCAGUGCUUCUCACAAAACCAGCAUGAUCUGCUGGAUAGGACAGCGCAACUGGCCGAAGAGCUCCAGCAGCGGAAGGGAUGCAGCGACGAGGGAGGCCGCAUUGCCUUAUCCCGGGCGGACGCGAUGAGGCAGCUGGUGGACAUUCUCCAGGAGGUGGACCAGCUACGAAAAUAUGCUGUCUGGAAUGCAGUUGCAGUUGUGAAGAUCCUCAAGAAGCGCCGCAAGCAAACCAGCUUCGGAAUCGAGGACACGGCUGCAGAGAGAGCCGGAUGGAUGUCGCGACAAUGCUUCUUCAGCGGUUCUGACUUUGCGGAGCUCCACGCUUCCGUCGAGUCGCUGGGGCACAUGCUGGUUCUCUCGGAGAUCCUGCCAGAGGAAGCUGGACAUGAGCAUGCAGCAUAUCGGUCAAAGUCCAAUCAGGAGCCUCAACAGUGUCCCAUCUGCCUCGACACCAUCUCCGAUAUGGUGGAGCUCUCUUGCAAACACAGGUUCUGUUGGAAGUGCUUUGUUCUCGGUCCGAUUGCCUUCCAGCCGGGAGAAUAUCGCAUAACACAGUGUCCCAUUUGCCGACGGGAGACGCAAGUAGAGGAGUCAGACGAAGCGGCU